AUGGAGACAUCGGAAUUAUUAAUAGAUACUAUUGGGUGUCAGAUACCUUAUUUUAACCCUUUUCAUCCUGACUUAUCCGAAUUUUUUGACACGAGCCACAAUAUUGUACAGUGCAGAGAUACCAUUCCUAUAACCUAUCAAGACAAUCAAAUAUUAAAGAUAAACCGAAGCGUGUUGAUCGAUAUACCAAAUUUUUCCCACUGUACGUACGAACCAAUCAAACGUUUAGCAGACGACCACAAUAUUAUCUUUUUAGAACCUGUUAUUUUUCAACGUGAUGUAGACAUGACUGAUGAAUUUGUACGUGUCGUAUGUUAUGAUACUCAACAUGUGACUAUAUUUAGAAAUUACCAUGCCUUUAUCAUUCCGAAUAGAACUACAUCAGAUAAAAUACAACGUUAUAGAGAUACUAAUAACAGAGCCGGGAAAAAAUCUAAACCGGAUCAUUUAAACGUUAUGAUGAUCGGCGUUGACUCUGUGGCCAGACUGAAUCUUAUAGCAAAAAUGCCUAAAACGCGAUCGUUUCUGUUAAAUACGCUAAAAGCGGUAGAAUUAGAAGGAUAUACGAAAAUUGCAGAUAAUUCAUUUCCAAACGCUGUUGCAUUACUUACCGGAAAAUUUUCUGCCGAGGAAUACGACCGAUUAAAUAUAACGUAUAAGGAUUAUUAUGAUGGGUUUAACACGCUGUUUAAGAGUUUUAACCAGAAAGAUUACAUCACCUUAUAUGGAGAGGAUCAAGCAGAAUUUGGUACUUUUAACCCUGAAGGCACUGGAUUUGUCGAAAAACCAACCGAUUUCUAUCUCCGUCCGUUUACAUUAGCAAUGAACCAAGAUUUGUCUGUCUGGAACAACUAUUAUUGCGUUGUGAACCGACCAGAAACAAACAUUAUAUUAGACUAUACAUUCGAAUUUUGGAAAAAAUAUCCAGACGUACCUAAAUUUUCAUAUACUUUUAAUUCGAGACUAACUCAUGAUGGUUUAUCGUCACUUUCCACAGCUGAUGAAUAUCACUAUAACAAUUUAGUACGUGUCCAUCGCAAUGGAUUUUUAAACAACACUGUUUUGGUUUUAUUUGCAGAUCAUGGUUUUCGCGGAGGUCCGGUUUUGAACACGGAUUACGGCCAAAUUCAGACUCGUAUGCCGAUGAUGUACUUUGUGUUUCCUAAAUGGUUUCCUUCGAAAUAUCCGAAUAAGUACAUAAAUCUAUUAACGAAUAGAAAGCGAUUAACGGCUCCGUUCGAUGUUCACGCGACUAUUAUGGAAAUCCGAGACAAUAUUAAAGGCAUUUCUAGAAGCGAUUCGAAUUCGAAAAAACGUGGACUGAGUCUAUUUGAUGAAAUUCCAGUAACUCGAAUAUGUGAUGAAGCUGGCAUUAUUCCUCAUUGGUGUGUUUGCAAGAAAAGUGUUUUGACUUCUGGUAUAAAAGGUCCCUUUAUACAAAAUGCAGGAGAAUAUGUGGUACAGCAGAUUAGUGAAGUCAUACUUAAAGAUUUUCCACAAUGCUCAAAGUUACAUCUUUCUUCCAUUCAAAGCGCUUACGUGUAUACCACAAAGGUGGGCAUCACAAAAGAUCACUUCCAAGCUAUGCUGAGAUCUAAUAAACGAAGUGAUGACAUUUAUUUCAUAAACAUAGUGUUUGCAACGACCCCUGGAGGUGGUGUGUUUGAAGCUACAGUGAAAUAUAGUCAAGGAGAGUAUUAUGCAACAGUGGAAAGUAUAACACGACUAAAUAAAUACGGAACUGAUGGACGUUGUGUAAGUUCUAACUAUUUUCGUCCGUUAUGUCACUGUUUGUGGUUUUGGUGA